AUGGUGACCACGAGGAGCACAACCGUUGAGGAUCCGGCGGAGGCGAUCAGAGCCUUGCGACAGCAGUUGGAGGAUAUGAGGCGGCAACAUGAACAAGAAUUGUCGGCCGUUAGAGAGGAGUGUGCCGCUCGAGUCGCACGGGAACGGGAAAUCAGGGAGAGAGGUAAAGACCUGUCAGAACGGCAGCAGGAGGAUGAGCUUAGGAAUUCGAACGGUAGGGAGGGGACGGCCGAGCAUAGUAGCGCCUCGGAUAAGACUUGGAAGUUGGAGGACACGGAGUUAGAAGGGAGCCAGGCGAGAACGGAGAGAAUACCCAGUACCGUUAACACGGUACCGGUUGGAGGGGCGCCGCUGGUGAAGGAGGAAGAGGUAGUUGAAGGGUUACCAUUCACCCGGGCCAUCAUGGACGUCCACAUUUCGGAGCAUUUUGUGCCCCCGCAACUCAGUAUAUAUGACGGUACCACCGAUCCGGAUGAUCAUAUUCAGGCCUUCUCCACCCGGAUGGCGUUCCGGACGGGCAACAGGGCGAUUUGGUGCCGGGCUUUCUCCCUUUCGUUAGAGGGUGAGGCACUCGAAUGGUUUAAUGCCUUGCCUGCGGGUUCCAUCCGAAGUUUCGAGGGGUUAAAGGAGAUGUUUGGGCGGCAGUUCGCUGGUAGCCGAGCCGAAGACCCCACGGUCUUCGAACUUUCCAAUCUUAGGCAGGGGAAAGAUGAGACAUUGAAAGCAUUCAUGGACCGUUACCAGAAGAUGGUCCGAAGGGUUAAGGGGUUAAACGUUGAACUGGCCCUGCAAUAUGUGAUGCCCGCACUUCGUCCAGGUCCCUUUAAGGACAGUGUGUGCCGGAAGAGACCGAAGACUAUGGAGGAGUUAAGAGAGCGGGCGGCGGAUGAAAUGAGAGUGGAAGAGAUGAAACAAGCGUACAAGAAGGAAAGCCAAGAGUUGAAGGAAAAGGCGGAGGGUAAGAAACCCGACGGGUCCUCGAGGACGGGGGGCUUCAAGCCGCGGGAUGCCCCCCGAGGACCCAAGUUCCAACAAUAUACCCCGCUCAACGCCCCUCCUGCCCGUAUCUUACAAGAGGCGUUGAGUGUUAAUUUAAUUCCCCCCCUAAAAAAGCGGCCUACGCCGGCCGGAGCUGAUGGCAAUAAGCAUUGCUUGUAUCACCAGAACAUGGGACAUACCACGGAGGAGUGUGUGACCCUACGAGAUAAGAUCGAGGAAUUGAUUCGCGCCGGACAUCUGAAGCAAUACAUUAGAACGGCGCCCGCCGAACCUCGGCGAGGGCGGGGGCCAAGUCCCGUCCCUCGGAGGAAUCAGGAUCGGAGUCCAAGUCGGCCACUCCGACGAACGGACAAUCGAUCAAAUUACGAUGACCGAAGGAGGAGGAGUAGAAGUCGCAGCGGGGACCGUGACCGGCCAAUCCGCGGUCGAAUCAACACAAUAUCUGGCGGGUUCGCGGGUGGGGGGCCGUCAACUUCCGCCCGGAAGCGCCAUGUGAGGGCAUUGCGCUCGGUGAACAGUGUCCAAGCUAGCCGGAAAUCCAUGCCGCCGAUAACAUUCACAGACGAUGACUUCCACGCCCCUGAUUUGGAGCAGGAUGAUCCGAUGGUUAUCACGGCUGAAAUCGCCCGGUAUGAAGUAGCGAAGGUCCUUGUCGACCAAGGAAGCUCCGCCAAUAUCCUUUAUUGGAAGACUUUCUUGCAGAUGGACCUUUCGGAGGAACUAAUCGUCCCUUUCCAUGAGCAAAUCGUGGGCUUUGCUGGAGAGCGGGUGGACACCAAAGGGUACGUGGAUCUCCGCACCCGGCUAGGAGCGGGGCGGGAUGGUGAUGAGAAGAAGGUUCGGUAUCUACUGGUGGAUGCCAACACUUCAUAUAAUGUCCUACUGGGGCGCCCGUGCCUUAACUCCUUCGGUGCCAUUGUGUCCACACCCCAUUUAACUAUGAAGUACCCCAGCGACCGAAAAAGGAUUAUAACGGUACGGGCUGAUCAGAAAACGGCAAGGGAAUGUUAUGUCGCCAGAUUACGUAUGUACCCUCGGGUGCCGAGGGCAAAAGUGCCACGGUCGGAGGUGGCCAUGGCUGAUUUGGACCCACGGGUGGGAACGGAGGACAGAAUGGAGCCGCACGGAACGGUGCAGCCGGCCAAGUUGGGGUCAAGAGAGGAUCAAGUCACUACAAUAGCAGAAGGCUUGGAUCCUGCGUUUGAAGACGGCCUAAGGGGGAUAUUAUGGCGGAACAGAGAUUUGUUCGCCUGGACCGCGGCCGAUAUGCCAGGGAUACACCCCUCCAUCAUGACACAUCGUUUAGCCCUCUUUAGAGAGGCCCGACCGGUGGCCCAGAAGAAACGGCGAAUGGGCGCCGAGAAGGAACGGGCGGUAGAGGAGGAGGUGAGGAAACUGAAGGAGGCCGGGUUCAUCCGCGAAGUGACAUAUACCACCUGGCUUGCCAACGUAGUAAUGGUGAAGAAGCCUAGUGGGAAGUGGCGCAUGUGCACCGACUACACAGAUCUGAACAAAGCUUGUCCCAAAGAUUCCCAUCCACUCCCGAACAUUGAUAGUCUGGUAGAUGGAGCGUCCGGCCAUCGUUUACUCAGUUUCUUGGAUGCGUAUUUCGGGUACAACCAGAUACCCAUGCACGAGGCCGACCGGGAGAAGAUGGCGUUUAUCACUAAUCGGGGAAAUUAUUGUUAUGACGUGAUGCCGUUCGGAUUAAAGAACGCCGGUGCCACGUACCAAAGGUUAAUGGACAAGAUCUUCGCAGACCAGAUCGGACGGUGCAUGGAGGUGUACGUGGAUGAUAUGGUCGUCCGGUCCGCAACACCCGGGGACCACCUACACGACCUGGAGGAAGUGUUCCAACAGGUACGCCGAUAUAACAUGCGCCUUAACCCUGCCAAAUGUACUUUUUGUGUCUCCGCUGGCAAAUUUUUAGGAUUCAUGCUGACCGAGAGGGGGAUAGAGGUCAAUCCCGACAAGUGCGCGACCAUCCUUGACAUGCGGAGUCCUGUCAACUUAAAGGAAAUCCAGAGGUUGGUCGGACGGUUAACGGCUCUUGCCCGGUUUAUUCCAAAACUGGCCGACCGGAUACGACCAAUCCUAAAAAGGAUGAAGAAGGGGGAUGAAACAGGAAGCUGGGAUGCGGAGUGCGAGCUAGCAUUCGCCGCUGUGAAGAGCUUGUUAACCAACCCUCCUAUGAUGAAUCGCCCCCUCCCGGACUCUGAGUUGCAGGUAUACCUGGGGGUAUCUCAGGAAGUUGUCAGCGCGGCCUUGGUCCAGGACGCCAGUGAACCCCGCCUGAUAUACUUCGUCAGUAGAGUGCUUCAACCAGCCGAGACCCGGUAUCAGCUGGUCGAGAAGGUUGCUCUAGCUCUUCUCCACGCGUCAAGGAGGCUCCGCUCGUAUUUCCAAAGUCAUCAGGUGGUUGUCAGAACCGACCACCCCGUAUCCAAGAUCCUGAGGAAACCCGAUAUAGCCGGGAGAAUGGUGAGCUGGGCGGUGGAGUUGUCGGAAUUCGGCCUACGUUUUGAGCCGCGAGGAUCUGUCAAGGGACAACACUUGGCUGACUUUGCGCUAGAGUUGCCUCAAGCCCACACUUCUGAAGGGUGGAGCCUUUAUGUGGAUGGUGCGGCCGGACGGGCGAACGUCGGAGCCGGGGUGGUAUUAGAGGGACCAGGCGGUUUCCUCAUCGAACAGUCACUCGUAUUCAAGUUCAAGGCUUUUAACAAUCAGGCCGAGUACGAGGCCCUGAUCGCCGGACUUGCCCUGGCCGUGGACAUGGGGGCCUGCUCCCUCACGUGCAGAACCGACUCCCAGCUAGUGGUCGGACAAAUGACGGGUGAAUUCCAAGUUAAAGACGACCAGCUAUUGAGAUAUUUUCACAAAGCUAGCACAAUGGCCAAGAAUUUUCAACCUUUCAUUAUCAAGCACAUCCCACGAGAAGAGAACUCCCGGGCGGACAUGCUGUCUAAACUUAGCACCGGUAGGGAGAAAGGACAACUGGCCACUGUCAUCCGACAGGUCUUGACGGAGCCGUCAGUGGAGUGCAUGGCGUUGGGACCACCCGCCAACAAUGAUUGGCGGGUCGAAAUUAUGAAGCUGAUGGCGGACCAGGAUCAAGGGGCUAGCUUGAGACCGACAGAGGCCAGACGGCUGGCCCGCUACGUCAAUAUAGGAGGCGACCUGUACCGAAGAGGUUUCUCUGUCCCCUUGCUAAAAUGCAUAAGUCCAGACCAGGCAGCAUAUGUGUUGGACGAACUCCAUAACGGGAUUUGCGGCCUGCACACGGGAGCGAGGACGUUGCGGGCGAGGACCCUCAGGGCCGGAUAUUAUUGGCCCACGAUGGAGAGCGACGCCAAAGCGUUCACAGCAAAGUGCGAACGGUGCCAAGCCCACGCAAACAUACCGCAUGCCCCCCCCGCUGAGUUGCGAACUAUUGUGUCGCCAUGGCCGUUCGCCAAGUGGGGGAUGGACAUCGUCGGCCCUUGUCCCCCUGGCCGAGCCCAGAAAAAAUUUAUACUCGUUGCUGUGGAUUAUUUCACGAAGUGGGUAGAAGCAGAACCCUUAGCCUCAAUCACCACCCGCCAGGUGCAGAGUUUUUUCUGGAAAAUAAUAUGUUGGUUCGGACUCCCACAGGCGGUCGUAACUGAUAAUGGCCGGCAGUUCAUCGAUAAAAGAUUGGAAUCGUUCUUUCAAGGACUGGGAAUCAAGCAUGUCACCAGUUCGGUUGAACACCCCCAGACGAACGGCCAAGCGGAGGCGGCUAACAAGGCGAUUGUGGCCGAGCUUAAAAGGCGAUUGGGCGACAAAAAGGGAACCUGGGUGGAUGAACUGCCGGAGGUCUUGUGGGCAUAUCGUUGCUCCCCGCACGGAACUACCGGGGAAUCCCCGUUCAACUUAACUUAUGGGACUGACGCCAUGUUGCCGGUAGAACUGGGGGAACCGUCAUUACGCAGGCAAAUCCAGGACUUGCAGCUAAACGAGGAGGAGUUGAGGGUCGAGCUAGACUCCGUGGACGAGCGUCGGGAUCGCGCCGUGUUGCACGCGGAGGCCUGCCGGCGGUUGGUGGAGCGGCGAUACAAUACUAAGGUGCGACCAAGGCACUUCCAAGAGGGCGAUUUAGUAUGGAGAAAAACUGGAGAUGCCAGGAAAGAGCAGGCGCACGGAAAAUUUGCGGCGAAAUGGGACGGCCCAUUCCGGGUGCUAGAAGAUUUGCAAAAUGGAGCUUACCGCCUUUCCGCCCCAGGCGGCCGGCCACUGCGGAAUACUUGGAACGCCUCCCACUUGAAGUUUUAUUUCAGUUAA